AGAUAGAUACCUAACACGUGGUCUUUAUGUAUUUAUUUAUCAGCUUUGUUCAGUGCGUCCUCAUAUCUAUCUGUCUUUUACGUUUUUAUUCACUUAAAUAAGCAAUAAAACAACAACCAAAAAAAAAAGGAAUGGCACGCACGCUACCACUGUGAACUUUCCUUUUCGCUUAUCUAACUUUACUUAUGCACUGUUCGUGAUGCUUGGUGUCUUUGUUCUAUGAAACAAACUGAUCCACUCUCCGCUGCUCUGAAUGAAGCGGGACAUACAGUUUCUUCCUGACGUCACUCGGCGACUCCGGCUGGCUGAGCUCAGAUCAGCUGAGAGGAGAGAAGAGGGGAGGGGAGGGGAGGAGAGGAGAGGAGAGGAGAGGACAGGACAGGAGAGCCCAGAGGCAGCAGCAGCAUCGCUGGCGGAGGAGGCGGUGGCGGCGGCGACGACGCAGCGACCGGACGCAGAUUUGCCCAGAGACACCGGAGAUUCACGGACUUGGACAUGUAGCGAGUUUUCUUCUCCUGUCUGCACGAGGUCUCGAAGCAAUGAGCGUCAAGUCAUCGCUGAAGGUUUCCGCUGAGUGGUAGCGAUCCAGCAUGUAGCAGAGGUGAACGGAUCCUCUUCACGCCUGGGAACAGUCCGACAGCAAAAUGGGGAAUUCAUACGCCGGGCAGCUGAAGUCUGCUCGAUUCGAGGAGGCUCUCCACAACUCGAUCGAGGCGUCGCUGCGCUCGAGCAGCGGAGAUCCGCAGCCCAUCUUCACACAGCUCUACCUAGAGCCCGAGCCGUAUUCUGGUAACGUGGAAGGUAGGAACCUCGCAGGAGACGGCAAAACAAGAUGUGGCUUUAAACUGCUUCAAGAGCACUUUAGCUCAGUAGACGUGAAGCCGAAAGCUGACAUAGCGCUCCACGGUGGUGAACACCAGGGUCACGAGCUCAUGAACGGCCCCUCUCCCAACGACCUGGAGGAGCUGGAGGAGGACGACGAUUCAGACAGCAGCAGCCCUCCGCUCCCCUACCUGCAAACUCCCGCGCCCGACGGCUGCUGCACGCUGGACGGGUUCUGUCAGGCCGGGAAAGACCUCCGCCUGGUCUCCAUGGCGACCGAGCCCAUCGAGGUCCCAGCUGGCUUCGAGCUGGUCGGCGCCAAGUCGCCCAGCGUCCCCGAGCACAUCCUGGUGUGCGCCGUGGACCGACGCUUUUUGCCUGACGAGAAUGGGAAAAAUGCACUUUUAGGCUUUUCAGGAAACUGUGUGGGCUGCGGUGAGAAGGGUUUCAGAUACUUCACUGAGUUUUCAAACCACAUCAACCUGAAGAUAUCCACCCAGCCCAAGAAGCAGAAGCACUUAAAAUACUACCUGGUGAAGAAUUCUCAGGGUGCUCUGUGCAAAGGACCCCUCAUCUGCUGGAAAGACAGCAAAACCCGUCCGUUCUCCAGCAGCGCGUCGACCUCCAAACCCAGCUCGUCCUCCUCAAUUAGCAGUAAAGAGAACGGAGGCACCAGUGGACACAGCUCCUCUCCCUUUUCCCUCUCAGAUUCUCCACCCACCAGAACGACGCAAGCGUCCUCCGUCUUCUUUGGGAGUCAGGACCUCGUCAAGGAUUGCAGUUUCCUCAAACCUCUGCCCUCCACGCCCGGAAAUAAGACUCUACCAAUAGUACCCACAGCUCUUAGGGUGAACGGACCGACUAAUGGCCUGGGUGUUGAUGGACGUCCUCCCUUACUGAGCCCCUCCCAGGUCUCCUUGGGACCUCAGGGUCAGGGCUAUCGCACUCCGGAUUUGGGAGACAGUCCAGUGUCGUCUGCGAUGAACUCCGGUCCUCCGAAGAAGCGCCACCGGAGCUGGCACCCCAGCUCGCUGGUGCCGGUCCCGCCGACGGCCGUCCCCGUGCCAGCUAUUCGUCCGAUAGUUUGUUCUCCAGGUUCUGUGCUGGGAGUGUCUUCUCCUCAACCACCAGUAGCAGGUGUCAUACAGCCCCAGCCGGUUACCGCAGGAGAGACAGUCAUUGUCCCCGACAACCUGCUCAACUCUUCAGGAGUUCGCCCUGUCAUCCUCAUCGGACAUGGCACUUUACCUUAUUUCUACGGGAAUGUUGGAGAUAUAGUGGUGAGCCCCCUGCUGGUGAGCUGCUACAAGAGCAGCCAGCUUACGGAAAAAACCCUGGAGACUUUGGGCCUCAAGAGCAGCCAGUUGCUCAGCGUGGAGACCAUGAUCCUGCUCACUUUGCAGUAUCUCGCACGUUUGGGUUCGGGGCAGAUUCCUCUGAGGGAGGAGCUGGAGCAGAUAGUCUUAAAAGCCAUGCUGUGCUGCCCCGGCGGUCCCGCUAUCUCCUCGUCCCAGCUCCCCUGGCUGGCUCGGCUGGAAGCGAGCGUCUCCGGGGGCAGCGUCCAAGUAGUGGUUACCCACAACUCUCUGGGCGAGGGCAUUUCUGAGUCGCUGCGUUCCCUCAGCGAAGGCCCUCACCCUCAGCAGUGCCUGCCAACCUACGUGGUCAUCAUAUGUGCGUCAAAAAUGAGCGGCAGCGAGUUCUGCGUGCUUGUUCUGGGAAGAUACCAGGCACGGGCCUUAGCAGAGGGGAUGCUGACAACGAAUGAGUUUUUGAAGGAAAUCAGCUAUGAACUCAUCACAGGGAAAGUCAGUGUCUUGGCUUCUCACUUCAAAACCACCUCUCUAGGGGACAAUCUUGACAAGCAGCUGGUACGAUACCAACGCAGACGGAAAGGACAGGUCAUCCAGCCCUUUCAGGGCGAUGUCACUGACCACAUCCACUCCCAGGAGGCUGCCAGCAUGUCACCACCCUCAGACACAGCAGAGCUUUUGAGUAAGGUCUUCCAGAUCUAUCCGGCCCAGCUGAGCGUGGCCCGUAGCCUCCUCUCCCAAGUCUGCUCCAUCGCCGACUCGGGCACCCAGAACCUCGACCUGGGUCGCUUUUGCAAGGUGGACUUCCUUGUUUUGGUUCCGCCCUCUCACAUUCUGGUGCACCAGACGGCACAGCGCAUCCGACAAUCAGGCGUGCUCUUGGACCUGGGGAACGAAGACGCCUUCACAGCCCACCAGAAGUCAGACAGGUACGUGGCGCGUCUGGACGCGGACGUCCACGCCAAGAUGGAGGCCUUCAUGAAGAAAGUCAAACAGAACCCAUACACCCUGUUCGUCCUCAUUCACGACAACUCGCACGUCGACCUCACGAGUGCCCUGUCAGGCUCUGUGUGCCACGGGGAGCUGCAGGGUUUGGCUGACCGGGUGGUGAACUGCCAGGAAGUCUUGGAGGCCACGAAUCUCUUGGUUCUGCAGGUCAGCUGCUUCCCUCACACCCUGCAGACCCACCAGUCCCGCAUCAGCAUCCACAAUGAAGUCCACUGGCCGACCAGUGAAAGUCUGCAGAGGGAGCAGUCUGCUAAUGAGCUGGUCUACUUUGGCCUGAGGGACUACAGCAGCUCCCUGCAGUGGGGUGUGGCCAGCCCAAUCCUGCGCUGCGAUGAUGCGUUUGAGAAGAUGGUUCACACUCUGCUGGAAAGACACCCCCACCUACACAGCAUGGUGAUCCGCAGCUAUCUGCUGAUUCAGCAGUACACAGAGGCCAUGAUGGCUCUGACCUCCUCUCCGUCCCUGAGGGACCACAUAACCCCCGAGACCCUGGCCAUGGUGGAGGACUUAAUCAACGCUCCGAGCAGAGAGGGCUCUCAGGGCCGCGGCCACAUGCUGCUGGUCCGCGUCCCCUCGCUGCAGCUUGCGAUGCUGGCACGGGAGAGGCUGGAGGACGUGAGGGACAAGCUGGGACUCCAGUUGUGCUUCGCGGUGCUGCUGGGAAGCCCCGCCUCCGAGAUCAACCUGCCCAGAAACUUCACCAACCGCCUCAGGGCGUGGCGAGGCUGUGAGAAUGAGGACUGGGUACCGCACACCUACGAGGAUCUGGAAGGGCUGCCCUGCAUCGUCAUCCUCACGGGGAAAGACCCUCUGGGAGAGACUUUCCCCAGGUCUCUGAAAUACAGCGACCUGCGUCUCAUAGACUCCAGCUACCUGACCCGAACGGCCCUGGAGCAGGAGGUGGGUCUGGCCUGCACCUAUGUGUCCAUGGGUGUGAUGCAGGAGCCUAAAAAGGACGUGGCCCCUCGAGAAUCAGAGGGAGAGAAGGCCACUACCAGUUUGAAUGAUGGAGAUGAGCUGGAAAGACCUCAGAGCAACGGUAGCGCUGCAACCAGAACCUCUGGCUCCUUGGCAGAGAAUGGUGUUAGCUCUUCAGACGUUGCCGACUCUUUCCAGAAGCCCUCCGCCUCCACGUCUCAAUCCGAAGUCGGCGCCACCUCGGAGGUGGGCACGGCCACGCAAGAAUUCAAGCAGGAGUGCGACUCUCUGGGGAGCCAGCUCGCCUCCAACUCUUCCAAAGCCUGCAAGGCGCCCCCGUCCCUGUACUCCGGCUCGUCGUCGUCCUCCCCGUCGCCGUCCUCCUCCUCCACGCAGCGGCCCAGCCAGUCCACGCAGUGCGGCCGAGGGCCCAAGUCCACCAGAGUGUCGCCGCGGACGGUCAUCAUGUCCAGGGCGGCGUACAACCUGCUUUCGGGGGAGUCGGGGAGUCAGCUGAGCUCCUACUCCCUGCUGCCUCACGCGGACGUGGCCUGGAGCAGUCCUCUGAGGCCCGUUAUCGGCCACGACCUGCAGGGGGCAGAGCAGAGCACGUACUACCGCCAGUGGACCAUCGCCAGACAGCAUCAUGCUGAUUAUGAGGCGCCGCCUGUGCCGCAUCCUCGACGCCUGCUGCUCAGUGGACCCCCGCAGGUCGGAAAAACCGGUGCCUACCUGCAGUUUCUGCGUAUCCUGUUCCGCAUGCUGAUCAGGCUGUUGGAGGUGGACGUGUACGACGAGGAGGAGGACGGGGAGGAAGAAACGUCGGAGGACGCGGCCCCGGUGAACACCCAGUGGCCCGACGUCGAGGAAGUGCGCAAGCUGCCGUUCGACCCCAACCCCAGAGAUCCUAAGUUCAGGAAGGCCAGCUCCGUUUACGCUGACAAGAUGCCAAGGAGCUUAAGAGAUUUUAAGCAAGAAGGAGAGAGCCAAGCGGCGGCCAAACGAGUGACCAAGUCCAUACGGCUGAGCAGGUUCGCAGCCCACAAUGCGUUUCACCACUGUGAGCAGUGUCACCACUACUGUGAAGCAGGGCCCGCCACGCAGCUGUCUGAGUGCACCUUCCACGCUUUCACCUUCUGCUCGUCGAUGCUGGGGGAGGAGGUCCAGCUCCAGUUCGUCAUUCCCAAAGCCAAGGAGCAGCACUUUGUCUUCAGCCAGCAGGGCAGCCACCUGGAGAGCAUGCGCCUGCCUCUGGUCUCCACCAAGGACCCCGAUCUUCUGAAGAGCCCCGUCUUCACCCCGACCACGGGGCGCCAAGAGCACGGCCUGCUCAACAUUUUCCACGCCAUGGAGGGCGCCGCUCACCUGCACAUCCUGGUGAUCAAGCAGUUCGAGAUGCCGCUCUACAGGAAGUACUGGCCCAACCACAUCCUGCUCGUCCUGCCUGCCAUGUUCAACAACACUGGAGUUGGCGCGGCCCGCUUCAUGAUCAAAGAGCUGUCGUACCAUAACCUGGAGCUGGAGAGAAAUCGUCUGGAGGAGCAGGGCAUCAAGAGGCAAGAUGUGUGGCCUUUCAUCGUGAUGAUGGACGACACCUGCGUGCUGUGGAACGCCCACCAGCCGCCAGCGGACGGAAGCGAGACGCCGGAGGGGGGCUCGACUGUCACCAACGUGUCUCUGAAAACGGUGCUGCAGCACAUGGAGAACACGCCGAAGAUCUCCCUGUACGCGCUGUGCGGUACGCGCAAGUGGAGCAGCGGCCUGGCUCGCAGGCCUCCCAGCAGCCCGUUCAGCCGAUGUCACCUCCACGACUUUGUCAUGCUCAACGUGGACCUGACGCAGAAUGUCCAGUAUGACCUGAACCGGUAUGGCUGCGAGGAGGUGGACUUCAACCUAAGGGUUAAUAGCAGCGGGCUGCUGCUGUGCCGCUUCAACAACUUCUGCAUGAUGAAAAAACACAUUCCAGUCGGGGGGAAUAAAGACUUCCUGGUUAAACCCAAGCUCAUGGGAAUAGAAAACCCCGCUCCAAUCAGCCCGUCACAGUAUGUUUGCGCCCCAGACAGCGAGCAGACCCUCCUGGACGCCCCGGCCCAGUUCCUGCUGGAAAGGUUCCUGCAGAGCUGCAGUCACAGACUGUUUCCAAAGGCUGUUCAGAACAGAAACAACCCAGUUCUGUCCAUCGACAGCUACCUCAACCUCAGCCCGGAGAUUUCGGUGUGCUACAUCAACUCUCGUCCACACUCCACCAACCUGAACCACCAGGGCCUGGUGUUCAGCGGCCUGCUGCUUUACCUCUGCGACUCCUUCGUCGUCUCUGGACUCCUCAAGAAAUUCCGCUUCCUCAAAGGUGCCACCCUCUGUGUGAUCUGCCAGGACCGGAGCUCCCUGCGCCAGACCAUCGUCCGACUAGAGCUGGAGGACGAGUGGCAGUUCCGCCUGCGCGACGAGUUUCAGACGGCCAACUGCAGCGAGGAUCGCCCGCUCUACUUUCUGACCGGCCGCCACGUUUGAACCCGGCCGCCAAGUCUACUGAUCUGCUGGAAGAAGCAUAAUCUGAAAAAAAAAAAUGAGGGUCGCUUGGAUUGCAAACCAUCCAGCAAUUGCAAUUCUUGCCAGAGCAAGAGGAGGAGGGAGGGGGAGGUAACACUGGAGCACGAAGGUCCGAAGAGGCCCACAAGAGGACACAUGGCUCCGCGUUGUGGCUCUCCCUCCCAUCCUGCGCUACCACAGUGCACUAUGCCUGGCCCCGAACGGGCUCGGUGGACGCUUUUAACUUUCACGCCGAGCUCGUCUCCACUCAAGAUUGUAUUCUACUGACUUUGCCUGGGGAGAAAAAGCAAAGGCUGAAAUCGAACACUAUAUUUGUUUCGUUGUUGUAUUUGUUGUAUUUCUGCAAAAAAAACGGACGCUUUUCUCCCCCGAUCGAUAAUGUGACUAUUUGAAGAUUGUAUGUGUACAUGGACUUUAAAAUGACGUAUGUGUCUAUCUCAGGGUUUCAGAUGGGAGAUCCAAGGGGAGGUCGCCUUAAAGGGUUCUCUCCCAGGCCACAGUGUAUUUUUGGCAUUAACUUAUGUUGGCACCAAAGACGUCCUCAGCUGCACCUUGCCUCUUUUUUUUUUUCCCCCGUUCGCUCUCCUCGAACCCUCUCGCCUGCUCCGACUCUCUAACUCCACGGGGCUUCAUUCACUAUGAAAUGUCAGCUCACCACAUUAAAGAAAAACACACGAUAUUGAUUUACAUUGUCACGGACGGGCAACAAAGUCUGUUGUCACACAUGUGGGAUCCGGGCAACAGGCGCCUGUAAGACCCAGCACAGGUUUAUUACUCUCGUGCCUCUGAAAUAUGUACACGGCAUCGAUAAUCUUUCUGACAAAUGAGUGUGGUUUCGGUUUCCACACGACUGAAGUUUGUGUAAAUUUAUCCAAAGACUGUUCACGACUGAGGAAGAAUGUCAUUUCAAGAAUGUAGAUUUUUUUUUUUAAUCACGGAUUGUGUAUGUAUCUGUGAAGCUGGUCUGUUACUUAAAAUACUGACAGACUCAGAGGACUUGCCACAGGGUUUUCUUAUUACAACUCGUCCGUAAUGCUGAUCAGACAGCGAACAAUGGACGUAUGUUGCAUUUUUGUGCGACUUACUGGCUGUGAUCGCGUAAAGUCCUGAGCUCCCUCACUGCCAGUUACCUCCUCUGCCUCCCGAGGCUCAUCAUUGUACGUUUGGAAGUCUUAAUGUCCACAAACCUUAAACAGACCUUUCCCUGAAAUAAACCGAGUAAAGGCAGCUGACCAGGUGAAUUCUUCAAAUGCUUGGAAGUUAAGUGUUUUUAUAUGUUUGUGCACAGGGUUGUCCAAAGAAUAUGCCUUAAGCAAUGUUUCAGUCACUGCUCAAGACGCUGAUUUUUUCGGACCAACGUAAACGAAAAAAAAACAAAGAAGAAACUGUGAGGUGUAGAAAAGUUGUUUGAUGGGAAAAUUGGAUUUUGGACUACUGUACUGUUUAAAGCUUUGUUUACAUUAUUAAUAUAUUAUAUCAUCCCCUAACCGCGGAGGUUUACUGAUGUUUUUUUGUUUUAGUCAUGUGUAACUUUUGCCAGUUUAUUUUGGUCUUUCUGCAUUUUAUGUUGCAAAGGCAAGAAAAAUCUACCUAGAUAUAUCUGUAUCCCUUUCUGUUCUUGUGUCGCAUUUCUGUAAAAAAAAAAACAAAAAAAAAAGAAAAGGGAAUCAGUCCAUGUGGGAUUCUUAUUUAUUUGGCGAGCAUUUUUGGACUGAUAAUCAUAUUUAUGUGAUGGCAUGCUCAAAUCAAAGGGCGCGCCCUGUCCGAAACCAUCCACGAAGGCUUUGCACAAGACCCGAACGAAUGAUCCUUGAAUCUACUGAAUGUCAAUGGGGGAAGGAAAUGUGAACUUGCACUAUACAAGUUGCCAGAAAAACAAAAUAUACUCGAAUGAACCCCCAGAAUUAGUCCAAAUGUAACGACGAGAAAUCUGUCAAAUUCCAGUGGCCCGUAGAAUGUGUCUUUCUUUUUUUGUUUUUUCCUUUGAUAAUUUAAAUCUUAAUAUGCAACUUGCUUUCACAAUCUUCACUGAAAUGUGUUUGCUGACCAUGUGCAGCCCGGUGGUAGCCUUGGUGCCUGGUUGAUCUACCUCAUGUUUACCGUUGUGGUUGCAGGCUGUGAAUAAUAUAAUGACGUUAGAGCCAUGCUGUUGUUGUUGAAAAAUUAUGAAUGUAAUAAAACGGCUUCUAAAAUCA